AUACACGGCUACACAGUACAUGCAUACACACAAAUGAACCCCCUGAACACGAGGUCUUAAUGUUUUUUUUUUUUUAGAGAAAUAUUGACAUAAAUCUGAAAUAUGAAUCCUGGACAAAAAAUUGAAUACUUGAUUGUAGAUACAAGUGCAUUUAUUAAAAAUGUUCAACUUCAGGAAGUUGGAGAAAAUAUAAUAACUGAGCCAAGUGUUGUUAAUGAAAUAACAAGUAAAAGACAACUAAAAAGACUUGUUGUUCUUCCAUAUGAUUUAACUGUUAAAGAUGUAUUUUCAGAAAAUAUUAAAUUUGUUACUGAAUUUUCAAAAAAAACUGGUGAUUAUACAAGUCUAUCAGCAACAGAUAUUAGAGUUAUUGCUUUAACAUAUCAAUUAGAGAAAGAAAAAGUUGGUACUGAACAUUUAAAAGAAGCUCCAUCAAUUGCUAAAACAUUACCAACCCAUAAAACUCAACUUUUGGCUCAUCCAAAAAGUGUUGCUGGAUUUUAUUUACCUGAAAAUAAUGAUGAUGACGAUGAUGAUAAAGAUAAAGAUGAUAAUAAAAAUACUGAAUCUAAUAAAUUAGCUGAAAAUGAUAAAGAGGAUGAAGAUGAUGAUGAGGAAGAGGAGGAUAAUGAUGACGAUGAAGAGGAUGAAGACACUAAUGAUAAUGAAAACAUUGAAUCCAAUGAUUUAGCUGAAAAAUUUAAAACUCUUGAUGUUAACAUUGAAGAUUUAAAAUUAGAAGAUGGUGACAAUGCUGAUGAUAUUCUUGCACCUGUUGAUCAAGAAUCUGAUGAUUGUAAUGAAGAUGAAGAAGAAGACGACGAAGAAGAAGAUGGUGAUGAUGAUGAUGGUUGGAUUACACCAAGUAAUGUCAAAGAAGCAAAGAAAAAAAUGAAUGCAGAAUUUGUAUCAGAAAAACCAGUUAAAGUUGCCUGUAUGACAACUGAUUUUGCAAUGCAAAAUGUAUUAAAACAAAUUGGUCUUAAUGUUGCUGCAUUAGAUGGACGUGUUAUAAAACAAGUUAGAACAUUUAUAUUUCGUUGUUAUGCUUGUUUUGCAACAACAAGUAUUAUGACCAAUGUUUUUUGUCCUUCAUGUGGAAAUAAAACAUUAAAAAAGGUUGCUGUAUCAAUUGAUGACAAAGGCAAUCAAAAAAUUCAUAUUAAUUUUAAUAGACCACUUACAGCACGUGGAAAAAGAUUUUCAAUGCCAACUCCAAAAGGAGGAAAACAUGCAUGUAAUCCAAUUCGUAUUGUUGAUCAACCAAUGCCUGAUCAAAAAUUAUCAAGACUGGCUAAAAUGAAAAAUGAUCCAUUGAAUGAUGAUUAUAUUGCUGGAUAUUCUCCAUUUACCACAAGAGAUGUCAAUUCAAAAUCUGCAAUGCUUGGACUUAGACAAGGACGUGGUGAAUUUAAAUAUUGGAUGAAAAAAAAUCCAAAUGAAUCGAAAAAAAAAAGAAAAUAG